AUUUUAUCUUCAAGACACCUACUGCAGACAUUAUCACUUCAGAUAUAACAUCGAGUUCUUAAGGUUAUAACAUGCAUCUGUCGACCCCUCUUCGUCGCCAGUGCGGCAUCCGUCCUUCCAUGUCUUACACUACCAACCACAUCCACCAAAUAAAAACUCCCUACAGUCCGCGGAGGAUGCUUUACCUGGGGAGUUAUACCUGCUCACAACCUAUACAGGAAAGCAGACACCCCUCGGACCAACUACACCCGAAUAACGCCUUCGUCGUCCCCGGCUCUUGUCCCCAAGAUGAACCCCGUCUAUCCCAAUCCCCGCCAGGUCUACCAUUGCUAGCGUUCAGCAAGAAGGGGACGACCGCGCAGCCGGGAUCGAUGAUUUAUUUUGUGUUUUCGAAUCCAGACAACCAGCCGCGGUUCGAGGACGAAAACAAGCACUAUGCGGUGUUUUAUCAUGGGCUGAAUACCGUCAGCGUACCGUUUGAUCGGAAGACGAAUAGCUCGACGAUUCCGGAAAGGGUUGAUCCCGAAUCUAGUAUUAUCAUGGUUACUAUUGCGGAUCGGCAGGAUGCGCCCACAGAGGAGAGUGCCGUUGCCGGACCGUUGAUUAUUCUGGAGCAGCCGAGAAGUUUGACGUUGGAGGAGCCGACUGCUGUGUAGGCGCUGGGAAUUUGGUGUAACUGGCUGAGAUUUUACCUAAUGCAACCAAAGUAUGGAUCGGUGGAUUGGUAUGGAUGUGCGGAUUGUUUCAAGCUGUCUAUAUUGAACUAGAGUGAGGUUGUAGACGAUAAAUUACCCACACAAUAUCAAACUCUAUGAAUAUCUGGG